AUGGAAGCUUGUGGGUCAUCACAAGCACACAGUCCUACACCAAAUUCGGCGGUCACCGGCGACGAUAUCGCAAGCAGCAAGAUAAGUAAUGAUGAGAAAACAGUGAAGAUCACAGUACAAAAACAACACACAAGAGAUUUAACCUUUCUAGUGAAACGUAACCGUCCUUUAGGAAAACUAAUGUUAAACUACUGCCUUCAAAUGGGUUUAAAUGACAAGGGUUUUAAGUUCACAUAUUUGGGUAAGCCACUUAAGGAUUCUGAAUCUCCUCUUGAUCUCCAAAUGGAAGAUGAAGAUGUUAUUGAUUGUUGGGAUGAUAUGAUUGGUGGUUCUGCUCGUGCAAUCUAA